AGUUUAUUGAAUCGAAAAAUCAAAGCAAAAUUUUGAAUUAUAUUUAAUUUCGCAUUAAUUGUUUCACAAAUCUGGUAUUUCUCGUCAAAAAAUCGAUUCGGAUCGUGAUUAACGUGUUCAAUCCAAAGUCUACGCAUAAUUUUAAGAGUUUAUUGUACAAUCCAAGUUUGGUUUUCACUGCACAUUGGCACGAAGUUACAGAUAACAUUUCGUAUUGUAUUGUCAUAUCGAAUUGCUGACAUUGCAUCUAUUGAAGUUCCAACCAAGCUAUCAUCACAAUGGCUACACAAAACUCGCCUCACCUGAAUGAACCACCAGCCAAAGCAAGAAAAGUGGACAACCAACCAAAUGCAGUUGCUGUUGCCGCCGACGCUGCCGUCGAAGAACCAACACCACCCAUUUUUAAACUAAUCAACGAUUGCUGUUAUGCAAUUUUCGAUUGGCUGCCACGUAAAGACCUACGCGCUUUCGGCCAAACAUGCAAAUGGGCACAACGAGUUGCUGUCGACGUCUGCAAGAUGAAACAUUCGGCAAAGUACUAUGAAGUUUGGGGAGACUCUGUACCAGAGACCGUCGAUAUCGAAAGCGCACAGAAAAUACGCGUUUGGGGCAUAAAAUUGGAGCCAUAUCGCCAUAUCAAAGCAUAUUUCAAUCAAUCGAUCAAGGAAAUUUAUCUGGUGAAUGCCACUUUGUCCAACGCGAAAGUAAAUUGUCUCAAGAAGGUCUUAUACACUGUUGAAUAUGUAAAAAUGGAUGAUUGCACAAUCAACGGCAAUUUCUACAAAAAGGUUCUCAAAUUUUGUUCAAGUUUGAAGGUUCUGUGUAUUUACGGUUGUCAACUUGGUCGUUCCACCAGACAUCCAAAUGGAUGGUUGACACGAAAGUACCCGACACUCCAACGGUUGGAAGUAAUUCAAACAUUCACACGAAAAGUCGAUGAACUGAAAACAUUCUUUGCACAAAAUCCGAACGUUCGCAGCUUCGCCAUCGAUUCUGUAUCUCUUGGAAAGAAUUUGGACCUGUUCAAAACGACAGACGUAAAAUUGGAUGUGUUGGAAAUUCGGUUUGAUGGAAAUAAGGAUAGUUUGACAGAACUACGUGACAACUUGAACUUUCUUCAUGAAUUUGGAGUCUUUCAGCGAUUGCAUUUGUAUACCAAGCGGGUAUCGGAUAAAGUGGUUUCAUUGAAUGCGCUGGGAAAAUUGGCAGUUGUUUUUUGGUGUGCUGAUGAUUGUGAAAACAUUUCACCUUUUUUGGACAACAUCACAGAGUUGAGCAUCAGAUUCAACGUCGAUGGAUCAACUAUGGAAACAACAGCUCGUAAUCUGGUGAAUCUCGAACGUGUUUAUCUCGGUGCACCAACAUCCGAAGCAAUCGUGUCGUUCAUUCGUCAUUCUGCAAAGCUGAAAAUAAUCAAAGUCGCUUAUAGCUUUCGAAUGUCAAACAACACUGAAGAUGGCCUUGAUCUCGCCGCAUGGAACAAACUACGUGAAAAAUUGACUGAAGCUCGAAAAGUCACAAUGUAUGUUGAAGAAGACGUUUAUUUGGCAACAAAGUGGGCAACGGACAAAACUGACUACAGUUUGAUCGAAUUGAAGCGAGGAAAUUCGUACGAUUGGGACGAAGACUUAUUGUACUUCGACUUCGAUUAUUAAUUUACUAAAUACUUAAUCGUCGCUUUGUAAAAGACUCAUUCAUCAUUUAUGUCAACUAUCCAAAAUAAAAUGUUUCACAAUCAAG